ACUUUCGUUCGUUUGUUUCGGUAACACUCAAAUUAUGAAGUUUCUUGAUGAAAAAGUGUCAUGACAAUUUCUCCUUGUUUACAGCUGACUUGACAGCGGUGACACACGUAAAGAAUCCCUUGUAUUUUAUAAGACAUACACAAACGUUUUCUUAGAUAAAAUAUUGUUAAAAAAGACUAAACAGUAGAAUUUUAAAUCAAAAACCUUGAAGAAAUCGCCUAUAUUAUGAUUACGGAGGGUAGAACAAUGACAAUUUAGAGAUUCUUUGUAUUUUUCUCUUUAUAAAUUGUGCAUAAAUAUCACGAAUUUGUUUACAUACAUUUUGGUAACUAGGGUAAUAUCCCAUGAUAUAGUCAUUGUUGUUUACAUCGAACACGUGUUGUUAUACUAUACUUAUCGGCAUAAUUAUUUUACCUGUCUAUCAUUCAUAUCAUUCUAAAGAUUUUUGCAUUAUAGGGUUGAUCCAAGAUAGAAUGAAGGCUGUAUAAACUUUAGAGUAUGCUAACUUCUACAGAGUAGCUAUCAUGUCACUGCAUUCACCAGAAUGUGGUGAAUCUUCAUCAGAUGUGCAUUCUUCUGACCCUCUUUAUUCCGAUUCAUUUGAGAGCCUGUCUUCAAGUAAUGAAGAAGAUGACAAUAUCAACAAUGGCAGUUUCAAGGAAAAUCCCAUUACGGAUUCAAAUAACUCUUCAAACAUCAGUGCAGAUGAUAUCACUGUUCCUGGGUCUGAUUCAUCAACCAAAACGCUACACACUGACAAUUCUGAUAUCUCUGACAUCACUUAUUCAGACACAUUUGUUAGUUCUUCUGAUGCAGAUGAGACUGAUCAAAAGAAUACAUGCAAAUCUUCAGUUAAUUCUUUGAAUUCUAGCAGUGAUGUAAUCUAUUCAGAUACAUUUGAAGCAAGUGGAACUAGCCUUGUAUAUACUGCAAAUGAUAGAACACUUACCAGUGAAUCCCAUGAAGAAUCUUUCUGCGAUGAGUCUAGUAAGGAAGAUUCUUAUGAUGGAAUCCAAAAGGAUUUAUAUUCCAGGAGCCAAAGAUCUGUGGCCACCACCAAUGAUACUAUUGUGGAAGAGCAGACAGGGGAUGAGGUUAGCUCCAAAAUAACAGAUUUUGACAAAGAGAAAGAAAAUUAUAUAAGGCAUAUUCUUAAAAGAUUCCAAAAUGGUAAGAAAAUUGGCAGCGCAGAUGGCAAGACUUUUAGCAAUAUCAAUAAAGAGUGUAUGAUGCCGGAACCAAACGCUAAUGACUUUUGUAAGAAAAUGCUGGAAAAGGUGAAAGGUAUGUUAAAGGUCUACAGUUUCAUGGUUACCAUUCCCAUUUGCUAUUAUUGUCAUCAUUAUCAUCAUAUCCAUCAUCGUUGUCAUCAUCAUUGUCGUCGUCGUUGUCGUCAUCAUCUUCAUUAUUGUAACGAUCUGUGUGUUGUGAUAAAGCAAAUAACAAGUUUGUACUUUUCAUACACUGGAAUAUUAUAA